AAAAAAAGAAAAUAUUAUCUAUUGUAUGGUGCAUUUCUAAAUUUCAAGAUGAUUUGUUAAAUCAGAAAUUUCUUUUAAAAAUUGAUUGUGAGCUAUAAAAGAUGUACUUACAAAAGAUGUUGAAAAUUUAGUUUCAAAACAAAUUUUUGCAAGAUUACAAGCUUUAUUAUUUGUUUUUGAUUUUGAUAUUGAAUAUGUCAAGGGAACUUACAAUCGCAUUCCUGACUAUUUGACAAUAGAAUUUUUGCAGGGAUGUAAAAAUUGACUGGAUAACCAAAGCUAAAUGUAAGUCCUUUAGCAAAACCAACAGUCCAAAUCCUCAAAUUAGAAUACCCUUCUCUAAUAUCAGAGAAGACCCAAUCGAAACCACAAAAUCCUCAAAUUUUGAAGGCACAAAGUCCACAAAAUCCAAAAUCAUUACGGGUCUUACCCCCAUCUCUCCAACAAAAAACAUAAAGUCUCACCCAAACAACCUCAUAAACACCAUCAUUAUCACAAAUUGCUAUCCAAAUUACCAACAGAUUUACCCCGUUAGGGAAAUUAAUUCCUCUUGCCCCUUCCAAACUCAUUCAAACUUAUAAAGACAUAGCAGGGACUUCUACUGCUAGACCUACCAGUUCCCAAUUCAAUUCACCAAUUUCUCCAUAUUUUGAGAAAGCAGAUUUUCACCUCGAUUGUAUAAUUUAGAAUGAAUGGAUGAAUGAACAAACUCAAGACAAUCCAGUUCUAAUAGCAACAAUAGUUCUUGAUGAAAACCAUAACAGGAUUUACGAAGAUCCUCAAAAGACCCAAAAAUUCUAUCAAGACAAUUUUGUCUCAACAAGAUCUAUUUUUAUCCAAAAUAUGUCUCCCAAAGGAGCUCCAGCCAACUCCUCACAAAUUGACUACAGAAGAAUUUUCAUAAAUUCCAUUCUUUCUUUGUGCGACUGGAGAAAAAGUCCCUAUAACUUCAAAAAUAUUCCAAACAAAAAAUAUCCAUUGAUUUCAUAUUGGGAUUACAUCAAAGCCUUUCAACAUUUCCUUCUUAAACAAAAUGAGAAAAAUACCAUGUCUUUUUAUUUCCUUUUUGACAUCAAAAUUUCUCCAGAAAAAAUUUCAAAUUUGUUCGUUAGAUGGUGGUAUUAUUUUGGUCCGGAACCACAAAUUCUUCCAAAAUCGAUCCAAGAAGCAUUCAAAUUCUUUACAAAAAAUCUCAAGAUCAGUAUGUUUCCAGGGCAACAUCUGCCCAACUUACUCAAAUGCUGCAUCCAAUUUAAUUUGACCUGGAUUCUGAAAAUCGAAUCUCAGUUCAAACCCAUCCAAAUUGAUGAAAACACAGUCAUAUUCUCCCUGGGGAAGAAAUAUUGUGUAAAAUGGUGGGACAAAAUGAAUACAAAAAUUUUUGAACAAACAACAAUUUUGGAGUGGUUUAAACAAAAUCCCACAAUGUGCGAGACAUCAAAAAUUCUUGGCAAAGAGAUUAAUUCAGAGCAAGAACAAUUUCUAUUGAGGAAAAACAAUUUAUCAGCAAGAAUUGCCAAAGCAACAACUACGGAAGAAAUGCAAAAGAUUCUUGAAGAAGUACAAAGUGACAAAGAAGACUCUCCAUCUCCAAUUCAUCUUGGAAACGAGAAUGAAGAUGAUUGUUUUGGUAUUUUUAGUCCAAUUCCAUAAAGUUUAGUUUGAUAUAACAAAUUUCAUUGUUGUAACAAAUUCCAUACAAAUUGAAGAUGAUGAAAUAAUGAUGUAAAAAAAAAUAAAAAAAAAAAAUUCCGAAGAGUUAUAAUUCUUUAACUCUUCCAGUUAUAAUUCUUUUUCCAUUUCUGCGACCUCCCCCUUGCAUGAGGCCGCCCAGAAGAGGGACCUUAUAGAGUUAGGUCUAGGUCUAGGUUGAAUCAUGCUGCAAAGUCAUCUGAUGACCAAAUUCCUCGGCAUGUUAAGUUCCAACAAUUGCUAGAUCAUAGUCCCUGGGUCGGUGUAGGGAGUACCGUAAAACAGACUAUUCACCAAAUAAAAGAAAAAUACUUCAAUUCUCAUGAUUAUGAGGUCGUCAUCCCGCGUUCCUUUGAUCGCAUGCAUAUACCUCCUAUGGGUUUUUGCUCAUUAUCGCUUCAACAUUUUGAAGCUGGUCUACGAUUACCUCUAGCUCUCAAGUAGCUAGCAUUCUUAAGAGUUUGUUGCUGAACCCAAUGCAAUUAUCCCCUAAUUCAGUCAGCCACAUCAUCCUCUUCGUUAUAAUAAUUCAAGCCCAUCGAUUUGAGCCCAAUUUUGAUAAUUUUUUGUCACUUUAUUCCUUCACUACCUCGACGAGAUCGGGAGAGAGAGGCUUUUUCUACCUCUCUGCUCGAAAAGAUUGUUGGUAUCUAGAACUCCUUAAGUCCAAUGUAGGUCCUUGGAAAGAGAGGUUUAUAUUUGUCCGACCCCCACUUGGCCAAAGAUGGCCUUUCGAGCUUAAAUGGAGUGUAGAUAAACCUGAACCUAUUACUGAAGGAGGGGGGCUGGAAGGAUACCAAAUAAACAGCCUCACUUCUAAUCGGUAUUACUCGAAGAAGCUGCUGGUCGAAGAAAUCUUAUGUCUCGCGCAACUCUCUCUAGCACCCCUCCAAGUUAGGGGUUCAUUAGAUCAGCUCGUCAUGCAGGAAUACUGCUCCCAUCGAGAUUGGUAGUCAAGAGAGACUCAACCGCACGACCUCGUUCCUCGACCAUCAAGGAGCCCCUCCCCCAAUAUAGAUGUUGGCUCUCAUCAUGGGGAGGUAGACGCUGCUGGUCAAAGCCAGCCCAAGAAGCAUAAACAUAGGAGCAAAUCUCCCCAAAGAACAAGGUUUGGGAGAUCGCAUUUUCACAAGCGAUCUGAGGAGGAAGGGGUGGCAUCUCGCGCUGAGGAAGAGAAGAACUUAACUUAUCUCAAGGAGAUCGAUGGUGGGAGAGGACGGCUUGUGGCGAACUGCGAAUUGAGAGCCACUUGUCCGCUGAGUUAGCUGGCAAGAAGACCAUCCUCGACUGGAGGAUUUUUUACCUCAACAAUGUGCUAAACAUGUAGGCGGGUCAAGAUUCUUAGGAACUUUACAGAGUCGGUUGCUUACCCCGCGACUAGGCGGCACAACUCAAAACCCCUAUCUUCAAUUAGAAGAGUUUGGGGCUCAUGCUCUAUUACAGGUAAGACUGCUGACUUCUUAAUACUUGGUGUUCAUGUUUAAUUAUUGUCUGGUCGUUGUCUUGGGUAGGCUGGCACUUUCUUGCGAGCCGUGUCCAAAUUCACCGGCUUUCGCAAACGCCAAACAGCUACUAGUCAGAAAAAUCGCAAUUUGCGAGCGCAACUGAACGAGCAGCGAGCUAAGGAGAGGGGUUGGGAUGAAGAACGCGCUGCUUUCGAAGCCAAAAUAAAGGAAUUAGAGGAGUUGCGGGCCUCAGAGGUCUCCAAAGCCUUUCGCAUCUUUGACUGCCAGCUCGGCUACUCGAGCCUACUUCAGACGAGGCGGCCAUGCACCUAGGUCCUGGUCCCCUCCCCUUUAUACCUUCAGA